CAGGCUGGUGUAACACACGGAGCAUAUUAGACGUGCCCAGCCGAAGUGAGAUUACAGUCAGACGGUCAGGCUGAGGGUCCACGUCUGAUUUGUGAUCACAUUACUAAAAGGACCUUUAAUUUCGGCAGCAACAAAAGACCAACUAAAGGACUACUUUUUCAUUUCUGUGCUGUCACCAUUUAGGUCGCGUCCUCUAGUUAAACUUUCUUUGGACAAUUUAUUGUGUGUAGUAUCGCUGAACUUAGAGUUAAGUGCAUCCAACAACGUUUUAUCAAGUUUCAUUUGUCCGGUACUCGCCGUGAAAGAUCUAAAACUAUAUCCGACCUCCAAAGGACGUUAUUACGUAUAUACCAACAGUGAGAAUCAAGAUCCAAGGAAAUAUUAUCCAUGCAGGACGCGUUCAUUUAGCGGGAAUAAGGAACAAAGACAUUCGUGCCAACAACUGAAGAUCUCUUGGUGUUGCCGCCAGACUCACAAGUAUCAAUUUGCUCAGUCUCCAGGACAAAGAAAAGGACAGAAUACGGAUGGGAAAACUCUAAACGUGCACGAAUAACUGCAAAACACUUUGAAGCCGGGGAUACUUUUCAGAUCACCUACUGUACAAGGCACGCGCCUCCUUUCAAACUGACUCAUAUUUAUUCUGCAUUCACUGGAGACGACAUUUUCAUUUAUAUUCUGAGACCUAACUACAGCUGACCGUUUCCCAGAGUUCAUUUCAUAAUAUUUGAAUUUUCCCCCGGUGGAAAUGUUCUCUGACAAGUAGACACAACUAAGUGCGCCUGUAGUUUUCAUUGUUCUGUUUUGGAGAGGAUCGGGUCCUUUGUCUGAGCAGCGAGAUGAGUAUGAAUCUGUCAACCCCUACACCUCCACUGCGACUGAAGCGAGUAGACUUUGAGGACUCUCACAACACCGAUACUUUCAAAUGCAAGCGCCGCAGACUCAGCCAGCCUCCAUCCCCGGGUCUCGCGCCCUGUCUUCGCCCCCUGUCCCAGAGCCCUGAGCAGCCGGGGCCAGAGAAGCACCACGUCUCACGUAUUGGGCCCUACAUCCUGCUGGAGGCCACAGAAGGAGCUCAGACGUUCCGAGCGGUUCAUCAGGUCACCGAGCAGGAGUACACAUGCAAGGUGUUUUCCAUUAAGAAAUAUCAUGAGUUCAUCGCACCCUACACACGUCUGCUUCCACACAGCAACAUCUGCAAGAUCUCAGAGAUGGUGCUCGGGGAGGCCAACGUGUACAUAUUCUUCGAGCGUAACUAUGGAGACAUGCACUCAUACGUGCGCACCUGCAAGAGGCUGCAGGAGGAUGAGGCAGUUCGCCUGUUUGGCCAGAUGGCAGCCGCGGUCGCGCACUGUCAUGAGAACGGCGUCAUUUUAAGAGACCUUAAACUGCGCAAGUUCGUGUUCACUGAUCCACAGAGAACAAAGCUGGUCUUGCAAAACCUGGAGGACUCCUGUCUUCUUAACGGGAAUGACGAUUCGCUGACGGACAAACAUGGCUGCCCGGCCUACGUCGGCCCAGAGAUCUUAAACUCACGGCACUCGUACUCAGGGAAGGCUGCCGACGUAUGGAGCCUUGGCGUGGUUCUCUACACCAUGCUAGUAGGACGUUAUCCAUUUCAGGACGUGGAACCCACAGCACUGUUCAGCAAAAUUCGCAGGGGUGCGUUCACCAUCCCAGAGACUCUUUCACCCAGGGCUAAGUCACUGGUGUGUUGCAUGUUGAGGAAGACUCCCUCAGAGAGGCUUGAGGCUGGAGAUGUACUCUUCCACCCGUGGCUCCACUGUAAUAACAACGUAUCCCUCAACCAGCACUCCAGCACCAGACACUCGACAGAUCAGUUGGUGCCUGAUUUUGAACCAAAUGAGAAUGAAGAUUGUUAAUGAACUGCUUCAUUCGGUUUACCCACAAUCAGGGGGAUUGGACUCUAUGGAGGAAGAGAGAUUGCCUCGCAAGGUAUGCUGAGGUGUUCGUGAUGGGCCAGAGACUGACCUUGUAGUCUUUACAGACCGAAGUAACGUUUUUUUACCUCUGAAAAUAUCCAUUUGUGAUCUCUCCAAGAAAAUGACACCGGAGGACAAAAAAAUGCUGCUUUCCUAGCAGACGUUCCACCUUGGUUCCUGAAAGAAAGUCAUGAGGCUCGUGCACACUAUUUUAACAUCAGUAUUGUCUAAUCAGUGCAUGGAUUUCCCAUUGUACAACCAUGUUGUGUAAAUUAAAGUACCUCUAACUUAAUUCCUGGUAUACUUGAUGCACACUUUGUGCCUUUAUGUACUGUUUACAUAUUUUUGCAGUGGAAAACACAGACUAUUUAAAGUGCCUUUUUUUUCCAGAAAAACAGCCAAUGUUGUUGGACUUGUUGAAGUACCAAAGAUUUGAGUUUUUCCUCCCACAGUCUGAGCGUGUGUUACUGCAACGGGUCAGCACGAGUGCACAGAAUUCAAAAGGGUUCUCUUUUGUAAAUGUCUUUCCAUCUGUUAAUCUAUGUAUGUGUGCUGUAGAGCAGGUUUAACCCUGAAGGGAUGUAGGGCAAAUCAUGUGCCACAGGAAUCAUCCACAUGAUUUAGAGAUGUGCCCGUUGAGCGAAACAAAGGCUUUACAUGCGUUAUCGUUUGUGAUGCCUGCAUGCAAUGCUUUCACCCCUUUUUCGUUAAAGUACCUGUCAUUUUGUAGAUAUCUUUUUGUUACUAGCGAGAAGUGGACACUACAUUCAUUGUUGUUUCAAAGGUUGACGUACCUACAAAUAAGUAUUUUGUUGUUGCCAGUACAAAUAAAAUGAAAAAAAAAAUCAAAUAAAAUCAAGACUGCA